AUGCGUGAGGCCACCACACCCAAUUGUAUGGAUCUAACAACGCUCAGGUGGCACGCCGAUAUCAAACCUGAUAAUAUAUUGGCGGUCCGAGGAAAGUUCAAGUUGAGAGAUUUAGUCUUUUCUCGAUUCGAGGCAGAGAACAAGCACACCACAACGCUAGUCGGGGGAACAGUCACAUACGGCGCCCCUGAAACGAAACCCGAUGAGCGAUAUCGGCCUGCAGUUAGCCGAGCCGUAAACAUAUGGUCUUUGGGCUGUGUGUUCUCAGUUGCUGCUACUUGGGUAGUCCUGGGAGCGUCGGGAGUGCGGCGCUUCGACAAAUUGCGUCAACUUGAGUGGGAGAAAGCAGCAACUCGUCGAGCUAUAUCCGGCGAAGGUGUCCAAGCUGGGGACGGGUGGUUGAGAGAUAGCUUCCAUGAUGGCAAAGACGUCCUUCCUGAGGUCCUCGAGUGGCAUGCAUUCUUACGAAGGUCGGCAAGAAGUAGUGAUACAAUCACAGCCACCACUCUCGACCUUCUGGACACAUCGGUUCUCCUCGGCGACCCUGGGAAGCGGCUUCAAAUCAGAUCUCUAUGCUCAGCGCUCUACAAGAUUCGGCAGACAGCCGAGAAAGCUGUUGACCAACAGCCUUGGCUAAGCGAUGUACUGCAAGAAGUCCUGCAUGGUAACGAUUCAACAUUCUCGAGCAACCUGAAAACAGCAUGGGAAAUCGAGCCCUUGGCGAUCCCAACGGUACCGCCACCGGGGCCUUCUGUAUCCGCCAAGUCAAAUACAACAACCGACCAAAUCUAUUUUGCGGAUGAGUUUUUUCAGUCUAGUCCGUGGUCGAUGAUGCGUCCAUCGCUUCUAGCAAGUUUACCGCCUCCAACGGGGAUAUUCUUUCCAGAAACAUGGUGGAAUAUACGGCCCCCAACGUUUCGACUACAUCCGUGGUUGGAAAGCAGUCUAACCAACAAACCUGGGAUGCUCAAGGAGCCUGGAUCUGCUGCUUCCAAGGUUGCAAAGACCCGACCUCCGCGAUUUCAGACCAUCAAUGAGGCGAUACAGAUUCCGCGAUCAGGGUCACGCGUUAUGACUCGGGUAGAUAAGACCUUGAAGAGGUAUAUCUACGGCCGCAAUAUUACGUUCCUUAUGGAUGACUCAAUGUCGAUGAAGCCGUUUUUAAAUAGAGCCAUUACAGUUGUAACAACGCUGGGCAUGAAGGUAGCCCAGAUGCAGGAUCCUCGGAAAACAGAGUUGCUGCUCACUUCAGAUGCCGGUACAGUUCAUCGCAAUUGGACAGCGCGCCAACUCCAAGACUUGAUGCGCAAAUCGUAUGCAAAACCCGUCCGAGACUUGCGCAUCGACACGAGUCAGUCACUGCGCCGUGCAUUCUCCAGAUGCAUGCAACGGAUGGACACCGGACUGGAGUCUACGCCGAGUGUACUAGAUGGAGUCACGUGGAUUGUGCUGACCGAUGGCGUUUGGGCGGAUAUGACAGGGGAGCAAGCUGUCGACGAACUGUUGGACGACCUUAUAGCUGCUCUAGAUAAGGUACCCAACAACGGCCUGCUCAGACGACCCGUUCAUGUGGAAUUCAUCCUGUUUGGGUACGAUCGUCGCGGAUGGGAGCGACUCCUCCGGCUCGACUCGGAGCCGAAAUACAGGGGCAUCGUCGACACCGAGCCAGAGAAUGGCAACAUCUACAAGAUGCUGUUGGGAAAAUUUCUCAAUGAGUGGGACCAAGCUUGCGACAAGGAGGAAGAGGCCUAG